AUGGUGGACGUGAUGUUUGGUAUACUGUCGAUCGCCAUGUUUGCUUCGAACAAUUAUACACUGCCCUGUCCUGAUGGACCGGUCAAUCCUGGUGUAUGUUUUCUUUUGCAGAGUGGGUUUAUCAGUCGCAUAUUACGCAUAAUGGCCGUGUGCAUUAUUGUAUUCCAAUCGGUUGACCGGUUCUGGGCCAUUGUGUAUCCGAAAUCCUAUAGGAAAAACACAAUUCUCUAUGUCACACUCAGUUACGCGAUCAUUAUCUGUUACGCUCUACUGGGCUCCAUGACACGCUUAUUGCGAACGGCGGCUGUAGACGGAUCGUGUCAACUGCGCACGUUUCUGAUCGAUUCGAGAACUGAAAGCUUGAUUGAGAGCUUGCUUCGUUACGUAAUCCCGAUGAGUAUGCUCAUUACUGUGAAUGUACUGGUGAUACGCAAGCUUCAUCACCUUCACGGUUUCCGGUUCCAAACGGGCACCUUGUGUCGUCUGUUUCAAGACACGCAGACCGAAGAGGCUGCUGGCCCCAGUGAGGCACCAGAUUCUAUCACAUUAGUACAACGCACAAUUUUUCUCAGCACAAUCUGUCUGUCCAUCCAGCUGACGGUGCUCGAGUUGAUUUCAUUUUCGCUCAUCAUAUUGAGCAGUUAUCGGAUUGUGGAUUUUAGCAUCAAUUCGACCACGCGAAUGUAUUUUGUGUUUGUGUUGGCUUUAACUUCGGUUUUCAAUCCGUAUCUGGAAAUUCUAACCAUCAAACCACUUCGAAUGGAGAUGCUCAAUCAAUGGCGCAUUGCGAUCCAGCGAUUUUGUGGCAGACACACUGAGACACUUGAUUGA